AUGCCGGCCCAUCACCAGAAACCGGCCCCCCUCGCGCCGGCAUCGCCUCGAAACACUGCCAAAUACACUAACAAGGACGGCUCCAAGUUCAUCACCGUCCCCAAGGCCAGCCCGUCAGACUCGUCCCGGCCCUCGACGCCCACCGUCGCCAAAUCCAACAAGGCCCUGCCGCCAGCAGCAGCAGACUCGACAGGCCUCGACACGUCGGCGCCCACCGUAAAUCGCAAGAAGCAGAAGCGGCGGCAAAAGGCCGCGGCCAAGGCUGCCGCUGCGCAGGCUGCCAAUGGCCAUCCCAGCCCCGCUCUCAGCUCCGACAAACAGAUGCCCGCGGACUAUGAGCUUGUCGCAAGUGACGAGGAUGAAGAUGACGCUUAUGAUCUAGUUGACGACGCGGAGCCCAGGUCGACGUCGAAUGGCCACACAAUAGAUCCUAAAACUAAUAAAAAGAACAAGAAAAAGAAGAAAAAGAACGGCGCUGGCGCCCACGCCGAGGAGAUUGAGCCGGAGCAGCAUCCGGCUCCGGCGCCGCGGGGCUCUGGAAUGUCUAGGGAUAAAAUAUGGAGUACUAGCAAUCACGAGGAGCGCGAGCGUAUCAAGGAGUUCUGGCUUGGCUUGGGCGAGGAUGACCGGAAAUCCUUGGUCAAGGUGGAAAAGGACGCCGUACUAAAGAAGAUGAAGGAGCAGCAGAAGCAUACGUGUAGCUGUACCGUCUGCGGGAGGAAGCGCACCGCCAUCGAAGAGGAGCUGGAAGGUCUGUAUGAUGCAUACUAUCUCGAACUCGAGCAGUUUGCAAAUCAAGGCGAGGGCCCCCCCAUGCUGCCUCCUCCUCCCCGAGACUUUUCGAUUCGCCCAUCACGAGGUUUGCCCGGGGGAUACCCUCGACCUCCCCCGGCCCGCGGUCGAAUAGUGGAACACGUGGGCGACGAUGACGAAGAGUUAGAAGAAGCAUACAGUGAAGACGAGGCGGAGGACGACGAGUAUAGCGACGACGAACCUCCCGAAGAAUUUCACGGCUCUCCUGACCGAGACGUAGCUGAUUUCUUGACGUUUGGUAACAGCCUCCAAGUCAAGGGUACGCAACUUCUUGAAUCACUUCUGCACAGAUAUGGUAACAUGGACUUAGGCGGCAUUCUCACCGUGGCGGAUGACCUACUCAAAAACGACGGCAGACGCUUCAUCGAAAUGAUGGAGCAGCUUGCGGAACGUCGAAUGGCCCGAGAAGAGGACGCGCGAGAGCACUUCGCUCGCGGCUACGGUCAUCCCAACGGCUCAUACUCCUCCGCUCCUCACAACCACGCUCCUCCUGAAGACGAAGACUACGAGGACGAAGAGGAGGAGGAGGAAGAAGACUACGACGAUAGUCAAGACGAGGAGUAUGAGGAUGAAGAGGUAUACUACAACCCCUCUGUGAUGCCGUCCAAGUUCCAUACUGAGUGCUGUUGCCAGGACCCGAUGACGGAAGAGCAGCGAAUGGAAGAAGGCCGUCGCAUGUUCCAGAUAUUCGCCGCCCGCAUGUUCGAACAACGAGUACUAUCCGCGUACAAAGAAAAAGUGGCCAAGGAGCGCCAAGAAAAAUUACUGGAAGAGCUGGAAGAGGAAAGUCGAGCGGUGGACGAGCAAAAAGCCAAAAAGGCCAAGAAUGCUCAGAAGAAGAAGGACAAAGCAGCCCAACGAAAGCAAGCGCUUGCCGAUGAAAAGGCUCGUAAAGAAGCCGAGAAAGCUGCCGAGGAAACUGCCCGAAUCGAAGCUGAGAAGAAGAAGAUUGCUGAGCAGAAACAGAAAGCCGAAGAGAAACGCAAGCAGAAGGAAGCCCAAAAGAAAGCCGAAGAGGACGCGCGGCUAAAGAAGGAGGCCGAACGACUGCGACGGAUCCACGAGCAGAAAGAGAAGCAGGCCGAAUCCGAGCGAAAAGCGCGUGAGGCUAAAGAGCGAGAAAAGAAGCUCAAGGACGAGCAGCGCACCAGAGAACGGGAGGCCCGAGAGCAGAAAGAGCGAGAGGCUCAGGAGCGCAAGGAGAAACAGGAGCGUGACAAGCGGGAAAAGGAGGCCAGGGCUGCAAAGGCCCAGAAGGAGUCCCAAGAAGCCGCAGAGGCUGCCAGAGAACAGCAGCUACAGCUGCAACGAGCCAAGGAAGAAAAAGCUGCACCAAAGGUUUCCUCUGUACAGGUAACCCAGACUCAACCCUCGCAGCCUGCCAAGCGUGGAAGCCAGCAGCAGCAACAGCCGCCAGCACCACCGCCGCAGCAGCCUCCUGUCUCUUUGCCCGCCGUCUUACCUCAACAUCCUCCUAAUCCAGCAAGCUUCAUUUCACCAAAGAUCCCCGUAGCCACGCCGGCAAUCCCCAAGGCGCCAACUCCCAUACGGCCGAGGACGACGUCCCAGCAACAAGGGACCGGUCCGGCAAGCUCAUCUGACUCUCAGACAGCAUCCGUUCCCAGCCAGAGCGCUUCACCACAUUCUGUCACGCCAGUGUAUACUAGCCCUAGCUCGACAGGGCCAGAGAGGAGAAUCAGCGCAGGCACUCCGGUCACGAUACAGCCAACUACGAUAUCAGGUACACCGCCUGGGCUGCCACUGCCCAAGGGCCCAAGCCCAUCUGCUCCGUUCCAGCUACCUAUGAUGGGCAUGCAGCCUCCUCCAGGGCUGAGUCCCCAUCCUCCUCUGCCACCUCCAGGAUUCUCCAGCAGACCAGGCCACGAUCCUAUUUUCCCAGUAGGGUUUCGACCAAGUCCUGGGCAUAACAUGAUGAUUCCACCUCCUGGCAUCAAUAGCUCAACGGUUCGCGGGUAUCCACCCGUCACAAUGCCUCCCCCCGGGUUCCCACAGCCGACUGGUGACUUCCCCAUCGGCCAGGGCUAUCCCAUGCCUACCAGAGACGGCCCCGCCAUGACACACGGGCGCCAAGGUUCUAUAGGCUUCGAGAGCGCGCCCGGUACUCCUGGACAACCGAUUGGACGACCAGCACCGAUAGGCCGGCCUGGCAGUGUCAGUCAUGGAUAUUCGCGUGACAAGGAAGAGGAUACGCAACAUCUCGGAAGCCGUGUUCUUGUUGAAGACGAUGAGCCAUUGGGUACAGAUGCCGGCCUCGGUGGCAUGCGUCAUCACCAUCCACCAGGACCUCGAGGCGGCUUUGCGGCAGGCCCUUUUAUCGAUUCGGGAUUCCCAAUGGGCCACAACCCUUGGGGCCCCAUCAACAGCCCUCCGCAACCUUUUCCCCCUACCACUGCCCAGCAGCCGUUUGCCCUACCAACAUUUGGCAAUCCGGGCUGGGGUCCUCCAAGUGGUCCGCCGGGAUUUCAUGUUGGUUCCCCCAGUGGACUGGGAUCCAUUCGAUCUCACGCUCAGCCUCGCCAUGUAACAGUGCGAUUGCUACUCUCCCAGGCGUGCAAAGAGCUGACGAAUACGGCCUCUGCCGAUAAGGAGGGAUAUGUCGAUCUGAUAGACAUUAAGUCGCAUGUCAGCUUAGUGUCUGGUGACCCCAGCAUCUCAGAACAAGACCUGCUGAACCUCUGCGAUACUGUCGGCAGUCUGUCGAAUGGUGGAGGGUCUUUUGACGUGAAGCAAGAUGCACACGGCCUCAAGAAAAUACGAUGGGUUCCUGACACAGACGAGGGACUAAAUCCCCACUUUCGGGCUGUUGGAGCUCCCGGUGAGAUUGGCAGUCCUUUGGUAGGCCAUGCCUCUUUGCGCGGGAUUUAG